CCAACCAACAUGUCCAACGCUCUGCUGAGGAGAAACUCCAGCAAACAGGGUUUACAGAACCUGAUGAGGCUGACGGCUCAGAGGAGCGUGGAGGACGCUGAGGAGGUGGAGAGGGAGCGCCGGCGAAGAGCUCGGGAGGCGUCACGUUGGACCAACGGCGGCUCGCUGCCCGGAGAGUUUUCGCCGGAGAACGAGACGCCCGCAGAAGAGAACAUGUAUGACGGCGACCUGAAGCCGCACAGCUCUCCGUCUCUGGAGGAGGACGAAGGUUUUAGUGACUGGACUCAGCGCAGAGAGAGACGGAGGCAGCAGCGCCUGCAGGAGCUCAGCCAGGGAGGCGAGGAGGACGAGGACGAAGAGGUGGACAUGAUAAACAAAGCUGGAUCUGUGAGGACCGUCCAGGCCUCGGUCGCAUCCUCCGGCAGACUCCAGAGACGGGAGCAGGAUGAAGAGGAGGAAGAAGACAGGGCCCGGGUGGAGAUGAAGAGGAGGAAGGAGCGUGAGGAGGAGGUGAUUCAAGCUGAGAGGAUGAGGAGGGAGAGAGAGAGAGAGGAGGAGGAGGACAAGAGGAAGAGGGAGGAGAUGAUGAGCAGGAGGAGGGAGGAGAUCCAGAGGCCGAAUGCAGAGGUGGAGAAAAGAAAAGAAGUUAAAAUCUCCUACACGUCAAAGGUGGUCCUUCAGCAGGAGCCCAAACACAGCCCCGCCAACGGACCCGGGACCAAAGACGAGGACACGUCUUACAAGAACAACAAGACAAACAAAUCCCCCAGCAGAGGCGUGGAGCCGGAGGAGGCGGAGGCCAUCCUGGAGACGGAGCAGCGUCUGGAGAAGAUCCGGCAGAGCCUCCAGCAGAAGGAGAGCCAGGAGCUGGAGCAGCUGAGGCACCGACAGGCGGAGGCCGAGCAGGAGCUGGAGGAGCUGAAGAGGAGGAGGGAGGAGAGGCGUCGAGUCCGGGUGGAAGAGGAGCGUCGGAGGGAGGAGGAGGAGCAGCAGCGGCUGGCCAAAGAGGAGGAGGAGAGGAGACAGAUGAAGGAGGACAUCGAGAGGAGGAGGAUGGAGGCGGCCGAGAGGAUGAAGAGCCUGAGUGUGUCCAGCGUGGACGGAGACGAGAUGUUCAGUCCCUUCAGUCCCAAAACUUCCACACACAAGAUCACAGAGAGAACCGAGUCGCUGAACCGCUCGCUGAAGAAAAGUAACAGCUUUAAGAAGACGCAGCCUCUCGUCCUGCUGUCCAAGAUCGACGACAAGCUGGAGCAGUACGCCCACGCUGUGGAGAACUCCCAGGAGGCGCGGGCCAUGAAGGCGUCCCUGACCGACCUGCACGGCUCACCGGAGGUCGUCGCCUCCAAGAAAAACCUGUUUGAGGCCGGAGAAGUCUGGAGUCAGAGUCCCACAAAGGGAGCCGCCAAGGACGCGGAGGGGCUGAAGGUGGGCGUGGCUAACCGGAUCACUCAGUGGGUGAAGGGUCCGUGUGACGUCAGCAGACAGACGCCCAGCAAACCGACAGAUGUUAGGCCCGGAGACGUGAUGCAGAAAAAAAACAUGUGGGAGAUUAUUGGAGACUCCACAGAGAGACCCAGGCAACGAGCCAAGGGAUCAGCAGCUGGUAAAAAGUACAAAUUUGUGGUCACUGGUCACGGCAAAUAUGAGAAAAUCCCCAUAGACGACGAGAACGGAGGAGAAUUCACUAACGGACAGUCCGAUUUAUAUCAUAAUGAUUACUGAGAGGGUGUCGUCUCUGCAGGAACGAACAGAAGCGACCACUACAGGCUCAGUAUUUCAUUUAUAUCCACGAAAUCACAUUUCCAGAUUUUCUCAGUUGUACUACUACAAACCAACAGCUCAAGUCCAAAAGUUUUAAUCGUCAAAUGUUUAUAUUUGUUCAUUUCCCUCUUUGCUUUUGUAUUUUCUGACUUUCUGUUUCUAUUAUUAUGUACAUAUCUGACAGUGAGCUUUAAUGUUUCUGUAUUCUUGUCUGCUGCCGUGUUUAGGUGAACCGUUCCUAAUAUCUGCUAAAUCCUUGUAAUAUGGUGUGUAGGGAAAAAGUCUCUAGAAUAGAAAAAUCACAUUUUCCAUUCACAUAGAACUGAUGGAUCACACUUUAUGUUAUCUGUUCUGCACUUUUGGCUGAAGAACAAUCUGAAACCGUAGAGCUUUGGAGAAACACAUUUUGUCAAAAACUGCAAAAGCAGAAAUACUGACGAUAACAGCAACACUGAAAGUAUGAAAAUGGAGCUGAUAGAGUCUUGGCUCAUUUGGUGCAGCCAUGUGUGCAAACUAGAGGUCACAGAUUAUCUAUUACACUAUCUGUUACAGCUCAACAACUUUUAUCACCUGAUCUUUACAAUCAAACACUUUAAUCUGUAUGUUUUUAUCAGCUCUGUCUCUGUACUACUGCAGACAUUUUUCAGUUUUAAUAUCUAUGUACUGCUGAUUGUAUGUGUUUAUAACCCCGUUUCUUAAAUAAAUUAAAAAUACUUUUCUA